AUGACAACUAAGGAUGACUCACUGCAAGCGAUUGGUGUGAGAUUGAAUGGUAAUAAUUAUGUGUAUUGGGCAUAUGUCAUGAAGAAUUUCUUGUUUGGAAAAGGUUUGUGGGGCUAUGUAUCUGGAACGGUUUCCGCUCCUAAUAAUCCCAAAGAUGAAAAACAUGUUGACCUGCUUGCUAUUUGGGAGAUGAACAAUUCAAAGAUUAUUACUUGGAUUAAUAUCUCUGUUGCUUUGAAGAUUGGAAUGCAACUUGCUAAGUUCUCAACAUCUAAAGAGGUUUGGGAUCACUUAGCAAAGUUGUAUACCAAGUCAAAUUUUGCUAAGCGUUAUCAGUUAGAGAUGGAGAUUCGUGCCAACCAGCAAAGUGAUAAAAGUAUCCAAGAUGUUUAUAAUGACAUGACUUGUCUUUGGGACCAGCUUGCACUGACAGAACCUGACGGACUUGGCAAUGUUGAGCUCUAUUGUAAACAUAGAGAAGAACAACGCCUUGUUCAGUUUCUAAUGCCUCUUCGAAGUGAGUUUGAGACUCUCCGUAGCUCUAUCCUACACCGAACUCCACUUCCUUCCGUUGAUUCUGUGCUUCAUGAAUUGCAAGCCGAAGAAGUUCGGGUACAAUCGCAUAGUCUUUCUUUGGUGAACCCAUCGGCUUUGGCAACGUCAUUUAGACCUCAAAACCAGCAGCAUGGUAAAAAUAUUACUCAUAAUCAAUGUAGCUAUUGCAAAGAACAAGGGAAUUGGAAAAACCAAUGUCCUUGGAUAGCUCGAAAAUGGUUAAAGAACCACCACCUAAGGCCGCAUUUGUUGAAUUGCAUCCACCCGCCUCUUCGACGGUUGAAGAAGAUGCCCGCAAGGAUUGGAGUUGGUAGUAUGGAAAUUGCUUACUUGGUUGUUCGUUGCUCGCAUGCUUGUUUGUUCGUUCACUUAUUUGCUCGUUUGUCUUGCCUUGUCGUGUCCGCCUAA